AUGGAAAACCCAGGCGUGUUAGGCCGCAUAAUGGUCGUUGGUGACAGCGGCGAUUCUUCGAGGCCCACUGUGUCGCCGUCGGCUAUAACAACGCCACGCCCCGCGCGCAAGCGCCCCCGCACCGCCGGCGUCUCCUCGGAGGAGCGCAAGGAGGCGCGGGCGCACCGUAACAGGAUCGCUGCGCAGAACUCGCGCGAUAGACGGAAGGCGCAGUUCCAGUACCUUGAGCGCAGAGUCGCGGAGCUCGAGGAGGAGAAUAGGCGGUUGCGGGCAGGCGCGGGUGUACCGUUGCCUGUCCCCUCUGCUGCUGUUUCGGCUGUGCAGGUUUUCCCGGCUGGCCUUUCGUUGGCGGCUAUUGGGGCUGCGGCGGGCGAGGAGGAGCGGGUGCGCGUGGAGAGGGAACGGGAGAAUGAGGAGCUGAAGGAGCGGAUUAGGACGCUGGAGCGCGGGUGGGAUGCGGUCGUGAAGGCGCUGCCUGCCCAAGGUCUGCCUGCCGGCAUUUCGACGACCACGACGACCGCUCCUACCCAGCCUGCUCCCACACCUUCAACAACCACUCAAGCCGCCUCAACCUCCGCGCCCACCACAACAUCCAGCAAACCCGCAUACACCGCCUUCCCCUCCCCCGCCCCCUCGAACGCCUCCCUCGACCUCGACUCGAGCAGCUCCCCCACCUCAACAACCUCCCUCACCCUCGCCCCUCCCUCUAUCCCGACCUUCACCGCCAACUCUGCGCCCUUCGUCCCCAUCGGAGCCGGAGCGCGGGAAGCUGCCCUGGCGCACGGGCGCCCCACCGACGAGACCGCUCGCCACCUAGCACGGGUGGCGUAUACCGAGAGGCCUUCACUGGCUUCCUCGGUAUCCCUGCAGCGGGUGGCCUCGUCGGCGGGCGCUGCAGCUCAAGCAGCUGCUGGAAACGAACAGGGCAGCGAGGAGGACGACAGCGACAAGACUAUGGAGGCCCUGUUCCGCGAGAUCCUCGCGUCGCCGUGCGCCGCGCAUGCGGCCGUGGUGCCUCAGGGUGCCGCCGCCUCGGCCGCCACCGCCGUCGCAGCGCAAGUGAGGUGUGGGGGUGAGGCUGGCCUUGGAGGGUUUGGGGAGAGUGGGCUGGCGGGGGCGGAGGUAGCAAACACGAAGGAAGAAGGGAAGGAAGCACAGAACACAACCAACACCGACAACAACAACAACGAGACGACCGACUCGGCGGUCGCCGAGUGGGCGAACGAGAUUGAGAUGCAGAGGCUGUUGGACGAGAUGAUCGUCCUCACGGGCGUCGGGGCUGAGAUGGACAUGGACAUGGGUAUGGGUACGGGUAUGGACGCGAUGAUGGCCAUGGACGCCGUGGACUACGCCAACCCCGAGCUCGGUGCCGGCCUUGACCUCGGUCUGGGGCUUGGUGCGGAUAUGGGGUUCGGUGUCGACUUUGGAUCGGGGGCGGGGUGGGAGAUGGACGCUGGGAUGGGGGGCGUGGGCGUGUUCUGA